CCCGCCGCGCCCGCCGACCGCGGCCACCCCACCAGCGUGGCGGCGCUCAGGUCCAACUUCGAGAGGGGCCGCAAGGGCCAAGGCCCGGCCGCCGACGCCGACAAGCCCUUCUACGUCAACGUCGAGUUCCACCACGAGCGCGGCCUCGUGAAGGUCAACGACAAAGAGGUGUCCGAGCGCAUCAGCUCGCUGGGCAGCCAGGCCAUGCAGAUGGAGCGCAGGAAGGCCCAGCACGCGGGCGCGGGGGACGCGCCCCGGGCCUCGCAGCCUCCCCGGGGGCGCGCCUCGGACAGCGGCGCCGGCGGCCCCGACGGCGACUACGAGGACACCGAGCUGAACCCCCGCUUCCUCAAGGACAACCUGAUCGACGCCGGCCGGCCCCCCUGGCCGCCGCUCGAGUACCCGCCCUGCCCGAGCCUCCACGUCGGGGCCAUGAUGGGGGAGGCCGAGGGCCGGGCCCCGCCGCCGCGCCGCCACAGCACCUCGGAGCAGGAGCGGCGCCUGACCUGGCCACGCAGGUCCUACUCCCCGCGCAGCUUCGAGGACAGCGGCGGCUACACCCCGGACUGCAGCUCCAACGAGAACCUCACCUCCAGCGAGGAGGACCUCUCCUCCGGCCAGUCCGGCCGCGUGUCCCCGAGCCCCACCGCCUACCGCCUCUUCCGCGACAAGAGCCGCUCCCCCUCGCAGAACUCCCAGCAGUCCCUGGACAGCAGCAGCCCCCCCACGCCGCAGUGCCAGAAGCGGCCGCGGCCCGGCCAGGUGGUGGUGUCCGAGGCCACCAUAGUGGGCGUCCGCAAGACGGGGCAGAUCUGGCCCAGCGACGGGGACAGCCCGUCCGGCAGGCCGCCGCAGGAGGGCGCCUUCCGCGGAGACGCAGGUCGGGACCGAGCGGUGCCGGCAGCUCCCGGGCCCUGGCCGCGUCGCUUCACUCGCAAGUCGGAGCAGGUGCGAGUACGAACAGAAGGAAGCGAGGGAGGCCACAGCCACUCUGACUAA